AUGGCCAGUCCACGUACACGUCGUGUUCUGAGUGAGCUGAAACCGUCGGACGGAAACAAUAAAUGCUUCGAAUGUGGUACCCACAACCCUCAAUGGGUCUCCGUGACGUACGGCAUUUGGAUCUGUCUCGAGUGUUCCGGCAAACACCGUGGCCUUGGUGUGCAUCUGUCCUUUGUGCGAUCGGUUUCGAUGGACAAGUGGAAAGACGUCGAACUGGAAAAGAUGAAGGUCGGCGGCAAUCGGAAGGCGCGCGAAUUUCUCGAAGCGCAGGACGAUUGGGACGAAACGAUGUCCAUCCAGAGGAAGUACAACACGCGUGCAGCGGCCCUGUAUCGUGAUCGGAUCAGCACAUUAGCCCAGGGCCAGCCGUGGGACGAGUCAAGUGCGCUGGCACGUAUGAAGGGGUCGGGCUAUGCUGGUGGCACUAGUGGUGCUGCUAGUAGUGGUCAAGGCGGAUCGACCGGCUCGAUGACACAUUCCAGGAGCAGUGGGUCGAUGGGUGGAGGAUACCAGAAUGGGGGCGAUACGUACUACCAGGAUGGGGGAAGCUAUCAGCAGUACCAGACGCCGGAGUUUAAGGCCCAGAAGGAAGAUUUCUUUAGCCGCAAGCAGGAAGAAAAUGCUUCCAGACCGGAAAACUUGCCACCGAACCAGGGCGGAAAGUAUGCCGGUUUCGGUUACACGAUGGAUCCACCACCAAGAAGUCAGUCACACGAGAUUUUCGAUACGGUUCAAUCGUCGCUUGCUACGGGCUGGAAUGUAUUCUCCAAGGUGGCAAAUGUGGCUAAGGAGAAUGCCCUCAAGUACGGGAGUAUGGCAUCACAAAAGGUAGUUGAAGUUUCUAGCACCGUGUCGGAUAAGGUUAAGGAAGGUUCGCUGUUGGAAGGAGUCGGCUCUCAAGUGUCAAACCUGGCGACGAAGGUUACCGAGGUGGGUCGCAAAGGAUGGGGAGGAUUUGGUGCCCCGGGUGGAAGCUACAGCAUCCCAUCCGGUAGCAACGAUCAGUACAGCAACAUUUCCUCAGACAGUGGCGUUAGCAGUCCUAUAAAUGGACGACAGGGUAGUGGAGGCUAUCAGCAACGUGGCUCAUCCGGGUCCACGCGCCGGGACGAGUCCUGGUCGAAUAACGGUUGGUCCAAUGAUAGUAAUUCCAACAGUUUGCCCCAAUCGUACCAGAACGGUGACAACGAUGAUGACGGUUGGACCGGUUUCGAAUCGUACUCGGGAUCGUCAUCCGGCAAAGCUAACGCAUCGACCGAAUUGAUGAAUAAUGUUGACAUGCGUAACGAUAAUUUCGACCGCCAAACAAAGUCCGGUGGUGGUGGAACGCGUCGCACCAGCAGCAAUGGGACGAGCAAACAGUCGACCAAAUCACCACCUUCCAGUAUCGAUCAGGACUUUGCUGCACUUGAUAUUAAAAGCAACCGGGCACCAAAAGGCACCGGCAGCACUAGCACCACUUCCAAGAAGGCAAAUAAUAAUCCGGAGGACGAUCUGUGGAACAUGCUGAACAAUUAG